CAGUCUUGCGGAGACCCUCACAAAAGGAGCAGGAGGCUUCCGGUUUGAGUGUCAACUCGUUAAGGCAAAGGCGGAAGAGAGCUGAAGAAAAUGGAAGCCACUCGGAGUCCUCACCCUUAUGUCCCCAGAGAUCUAAAGCUCCCUGGUUAUGUGCCAAAUUUACUUUCACAAUUGAGCAUCCUCGGUAUCUAUGGCAUUGCUUCGGUGCUUGUUGCCGCCUUCAUUUGGUUUAUUUCCGGUAUGCCUUUUCCUCUUCUAGACAAAGUGCUCAUGUGCUGGUGGGCAUUCACAGGCCUUACUCACAUGAUUCUCGAGAGUUAUUAUCUUUUCUCGCCAGAAUUUUACAAGGAUGAAUCUGCCUUUUACCUGUCUGAAGUUUGGAAAGAAUAUAGCAAAGGCGACUCGAGAUAUGCAGGAAGGGAUUCAGUAAUUGUGACCCUUGAAAUACUUGCUGUUGUUUUAGUGGGUCCAGCGAGCCUCCUCGCAGUGUAUGCAAUAGCAAAAGGAAAGUUGUAUAGCUACAUUCUCCAGUUCGCAGUAUCCUUGAUUCAUCUCUGUGGAACUGCUGUGUAUUUCAUAACAGCUUUGCUGGAAGGUGAUGACUUCGCUGCCAGCCCGUUCUAUUACUAUUUUUACUUUGUUGUCAUAAAUUCCUUCUGGAUCGUGAUACCCACAGCCAUAUGCAUUAGAUGCUGGAAGAAAAUAUGCGCAGCAUUCAAUAACCAGGGCCAGAAAAAAGUGAAAAGCCGCUGAGGCAGAUGUUACUGCUUGUUACGAGAUCAAUGUAGCAUUGAUCUGUGGAUUUCGUCCUGCUCGAUAAGCUUAUUUAAACUUUCCCAUUGACUGAUCUUUAGCAAUAACAUUGAAUAUGCAUUUUG